UAAUCGUACAUUAGAAUUUGACGAUUUUUUGAUCAGCUUAGUCUGUUUGUAUUCCUUACCGUGACAGUUCUUAUUAAUAAUAUGUUACGUCAGAAUUAAAUGACGAGUGCUGUCACAAAUAGCUGAACUACUACUCGGAAACUUUGCUCCAGGAUGUUACAGUACAUUUUGAUGAGCAUGGCCAUGAGCCUGGUCGCCUGGCUGUACAUCAAGUGGGUCCGGGUGAGGAGCUACUGGGCGGAGCGCGGCGUGCCGCACCAAGCUCCAGUCCCUUUGCUGGGGAGCCUGACGUUCCUGCAGCGAGAGAAUCCUGGUGUCUGGAUGCGCCAAUUGUAUACCUCCAACCGCCCCUACGUGGGUAUCUGGUUGCUAUGGCGACCGGCGCUGGUGGUGAACUCGCCGGAGAUAGCGCGCCGGAUACUCGUCAAGGAUUUCGCCAACUUCAGGAACAGAUACUUAGGCUCCGGUGAUUCAGAUCCUGUUGGUGCACUCAACUUGUUCAGUGUUAAUGAUCCCGUUUGGUCAUCCAUGAGAAAUCGCCUGAGCGUUAUAUUCACGGCGGCCAAGCUCAAAAUGCUGCAGGACUACAUAGGGCUCAAAGCCAGGGAGCUGGCGCAGAGGAUUCGGAACGACAUCGAGAAUCCUAUAAACCUCAAAUCAAUGUUUGUGGAUUAUACAACUGACGUCAUUGGUACAUCUGCGUUCGGAGUGGAGAGCAACGCAACACUGACGGGCGAGGGGCCCAUGAGGUCCAUCACCCACGACUUCGCCAAGUUUGACCUCAUGAGAGGACUCUCGUGGUGCUGCAUAUUCUUUUUCCCAGACUUAGUUAACUGUUUUAGAUUAAAAUUUUUUCCAAAAAAAUCAGAAAACUAUUUAAGAGAGGUCUUCAAUAAGAUUGUGAAACAUAGGGAGCAGCAUGCGACAGGGAUAAUCGAAGUAAAAGACUUACUCGACGCUUUGAUCAAAGUAAAAAAAGAAAAGAUGGAAAAUCACGAAGCGAUAUCAGAAGAUUUGUUGAUAGCACAAGCGGCUGUGUUCCUUUUUGCCGGUUUCGAAACGUCGGGCAGCGCCUUGUCUCUUAUCACAUACGAGUUGGCCUUCAAACCUGACAUACAGGAAAAGGUGUACCGAGAGCUGAAAGAGGCACAGGAACGUGCUGGGGACGUCGGCGACAAAGAUUUUGAUGCGAAAACGUUAUCAGAGCUGACUUAUCUUAACUGUUGUAUUAAAGAGGGACUCCGAAAAUAUAGUCCAAUGGGCUGGCUAGAUAGGUCGGCUAUGACAGACUACAAGAUUGACGACAAUCUGACAGUGAAGGCGGGCACGCCAGUCUACAUCAACAUCACUGGCAUGCACUACGACCCCAAUUACUUCCCUGAACCGGAGAAGUUCCACCCUGACAGGUUUUUGCCAGAGAACGAGAGGAAUAUUAAGCCGUAUACGUACAUGCCUUUUGGAGAGGGACCGCGGUUCUGUAUAGGCCUACGAUUCGCUCAAAUGUCAUUGAGAUACGCGCUGUCUUCAAUACUCCUCAACUUUAAGCUGCACCCAGUGCCCGACAAGCCGCUGCCCGACAAUAUCAAGAUGGACAACCGCUGCCUCCUGUUUCUGCCUGGGGAACCGCUCAUGGUCCAAUUUGAACCUCGACAUUCAAGAACAAUUUAACAUAAAAUAGUUUCUUUUUAA